AUGUUGAAUCUUUUAAGUGAACUAAUUAAUAUUGCAAUCGAUGGUCAAGUAGCAACAGGAAAAAUAUCGAUUGGUAGUGAACUUGCAAAACUUUUAAAAUACAAAUUUAUUGAUACUGGCUUGUUUUAUCACUAUUUUGCAGCAACAUAUUAUAACCACCAUGUGGAUAAUUUAAGUGAUGAAAUAAUUAAAUUUGAAAUUACUAUUGAUAAUUUAAAAAAAAUUAAUCAAUGUAAUAUUAAAGAAUAUUUACAAAUUGGAACUUGUGCAGCAGAAAUAGCAAGGAAUAAUGAUAUUAGAGAAGCAAUUAAUACUAAAAUUAAUCAAUUAGUCAAUGGAAAAGGAUUUGUUGUAGUUGGACGUGAUGUAACAACCAAGAUUCUUCCUGAUGCAGAAAUAAAAAUUGUACUCAAUGCUGAUAUUAAAACUCGAAUAUUUCGCAGAAUGAAUCAGUUAGAAUAUGAAAAUAAUUUUACAUCAAUUUUUGAUGAUUUAAUGCAAUAUGAUUUUAAGUCAUAUGAUUUGAUUCAACAAGCAAAACAAAUUUCUAUGAUUAUUGAUACAAAAAAUUUAUCACUCGAUCAAAGAGGACAUAAGAAGAAAACUAAGCAACUUACUUUUCAUCAAGAAGUUUCAUCUCCUAUUGAAGUAACUUAUGAGUCUGUAGUUCAAUUUCAAGAUCAAAUAAAUGAAGAUAAUCAAAUUUCGAUUCAUAAAAAUUUUAAUA